UAGCCACUGAAGUCAUUCACCUUUUUGCCUUGUUAAGUAAUAACGACUGUAGUCACAUGAUUGCAUGACAUCCCGGUCUUGCCAUCAUUUUCUGAGGGCGUGGGUGGAAAAUCAGGAGACUCAGGAAAGGCAACUCAGCUCUUGAAAGCUUUUAAAACAAAAGACAGAAAGAAAGUUUGCAUUCCACAAAUCGAACUAACCUGUUGGCACUAAAGAGCAUUAAGGCAGAACAAGGGAAAAGUGUACAAAGUGUACAUAAAACUGGAAUGUAUUUCACCCAGGGCUGUAGGCGAGGCACUAAUGUUCUGGAUCUGAUAGCAGGUGUUAUCUGGCAGCAGGGAGACACACCCGUUGACAACGUGUGAAUCACCUUCUGCAUCAACCAUAGCCAGUUACGACAAUAAAGUCAUGUGUGAUCUACAAAGCUGUAUUUAGAAUGGGAACACUCCAGGUAUCACAAAUGUGUGGGUGUGUUACAGUUGUAGCACUACACUUAUUGCAUCUGGUAUGUGUGUACUAACAGCCAGAUGUGCAGUCUGUGCAUAUCUUUUCUCAUGUGUUGGUUUUGGCUGCAUGUCCAACGUAGGUGUGGAUAAUUGUUAUCUUAAUGUAUCGAAGGUAGACAAUUCCUAAUAUAUCACUAGUGGGUGACACCCAACCCUGACUUUAUCUUUAUGUAAGUAUUUGUGAAAGGGCAAAUACAAAUAAAAGUCAUUCUGGAUUUUCCCUUGAGUAUACACUAAACAUACAAGUUUGAGAUAUGUUAUCCACACAACCCAACACUAGUUUAAUUCAUAAUCUGUGGACUGCAACAAAAAGAACAAGGAAAACUAGUCAAAGUGGCGAUGUCUGUAAAUAGCUCUUCAAAAGCAACACUAACUUUGCAAAACAAAUUUCAUGUUCAAGGACAUACAGAAUCUAAACAAAGAAUUUUGAAAGAAUAUUCUUGCUCUUGCAGGAUGACAAGAAGAAGAAGAAAAAGAAAAAGGAAAAGAAAGAGAAAAAGGAGAAAAAGGAUGAAGAGUACAUCUAUGACAAUGUUGUCAUUUCUGGUUCUGAGGGUGAGUUGGAGCAGCAGUGUCCAGAAGGUCUGAAGAUGAGCCAGGAUUCUGACUCGUCAGAUGACGAGGAUGACAAGAAGAAAGAGAAGAAGAAGAAGAAGAAGAAGAAGAAGGACAAGAAGAAGAAGAAACAGAAGAAAAAGGAAUCAUCCUCUUCCUCAUCUGACAGUUCAUCAUCUGACAGUGAGGAUGAAAAGAAGAAGAAGAAAAAGAAGAAGAAGAAGAAGAAGAAGAAGAAGGAAAGCUCCUCUUCCUCAGACAGCUCUGCUUCUUCAUCCUCCUCCUCCUCUGACAGCGAGGAUGACAAGAAGAAAAAGAAGAAAAAGGACAAGAAGAAGAAGAAAAAGAAAGACAAGAAAAAGGAUUCCAGCUCUUCAUCUUCAUCCUCAUCUUCUGACAGCGAUGACGACAAGAAGAAAAAGAAGGACAAGAAAAAGAAGAAGAAGAAGAAGGAGGAUAAGAAAAAGGAUGAAGAGCAGAAUGAGCUCUGCAGUGCUACUGCUCUGGCAGCAGCUGAUGGCGAGCUCGCAGGACCGUGUGCUGAUGGAGAUAAAAAGAAAGAUGAAGUUGCUGACAAGGCCAAGAAAGAUCUUAAAGCAACAGAAGAAGGCAAACUGUCCUCGGCAUCAGCAGCAGAGGGAGCAAAGGCAUUCCCUGAUGGGAUUGAGGAAGGCAACCUGACUGAUGAUGAGGGAGAGGGAGGGGACGAGGAGAAGGAUAAGAAGAAGAAGAAGUUGAAGAUGAAGAAGAAAAAGGAUUCUGGCUGUUCCUCAGACAGUGAUGAUGAUGAAAAAGACAAGAAGAAGAAAAAGAAGAAGAAGAAGGAUAAGGACUCCUCCAGCUCCUCUUCUUCUUCAUCCGAUAGCUCUUCUUCAGACAGCGAAGAUGACAAGAAGAAAAAGAAAAAGAAGAAGAAGAAGGUGAAGAAGAAGAAGGACAAGUUGUUCUUCAUCUUCUGA